CGCUGCAGCUCACAGUCGCUGUCAACCCAUCUAAGCCACGAUUUUACACAACUUUGCCAGCGGUUUUUAUUUCUAGUGACUUGGAUGUGAAAUAACCGCAGAUCCUGUGAGCCUGCGGGAUAGCGGAGCCCCGAUCGGAGCGCGGGGGGAUGGCGGGCUGCAGCGGGCUGACAGCGUGAGAGCCGCGGCGGAGAGCGGGCAGUGGGGAAGGAAGGUCUCGUCAGAGCUUCUGAUCUUCACUUCAACUUGUGUGUCAUGGAUGAAACUGCUUUGUCCCUUGGAACAAUAGAUGUUUCCUAUUUGUCCACCUCAGCAGAGUGCAGUAUCAGUAGAUGUAAGCAUUCCAGUGAAGAAUGGGGAGAGUGUAACUCUAGGCCCACUCUCUUCAGAUCUGCCACUUUAAAAUGGAAGGAGGCUCUGCUGAGCAGAAAAAGGCCAUUUGUGGGGCGAUGCUGCUACGUGUGCACUCCCCAGAGCCGGGAUAACUUCUUCAAUGCAAGUAUUCCUUCUUUGGGUCUACGUAAUGUCAUAUACAUCAAUGAAACACAUACAAGGUACAGAGGGUGGCUUGCAAGACGCCUUUGUUAUGUCCUUUUUGUGCAAGAGAGAGAUGUUCACAAGGGUAUGUUUGCCAAGAAUCUGACAGAAAAUGUGCUGAAUAACAGCAGAGUCCAGAAGGCCAUUGUAGAUGAAGCUUCUGAACCAAGUACUCCAGGCAGUUUUGCUCAGACAGAUCCUAAAGCUAUCAGCAAAGUGAAGAAAAAAGCUAGGAAGAUUCUCCAGGAAAUGGUAGCAAAUGUGUCACCUGCUUUAAUCAGGUUGACUGGCUGGGUGUUACUGAAGUUAUUUAACAGCUUUUUCUGGAAUAUUCAGAUUCACAGAGGUCAAAUAGAAAUGGUCAAAGCAGCAACAGAGAUGAAUUUGCCUCUUAUCUUCCUGCCUGUUCACAAAUCCCACAUUGACUACCUGCUUCUUACAUUCAUUCUUUUCUGCCAUAACAUCAAAGCACCCUACAUUGCUGCAGGGAACAAUCUAAACAUCCCCAUCUUCAGCACAUUGAUCCGCAAGCUGGGAGGAUUUUUCAUUCGUCGAAAGUUAGAUCAGAGUCCUGAUGGUCGUAAGGACUUCCUGUACAGAGCUUUACUCUAUGUGCACAUAGAAGAAUUGUUGAGACAGCAGCAGUUUUUAGAAAUAUUCUUAGAAGGCACACGAUCGCGAAGUGGAAAGACAGCUGGAGCUAGAGCAGGUCUUUUAUCUGUGGUGGUGGAUGCUCUCUUCUCAAAUGCUACACCUGAUGUCCUAAUUAUACCUGUGGGAAUCUCCUAUGAUCGCAUAAUUGAAGGUCACUAUAACAGUGAACAGCUGGGCAAGCCUAAGAAGAAUGAAAGUCUUUGGAGUGUAGCUAGAGGAGUCUUCAGAAUGCUGCGGAAGAAUUAUGGGUGUGUCAGAGUAGAUUUUGCACAACCAUUCUCCUUAAAAGAAUAUGUGAACAGCCAAAGCCAAAAGCCCAUGCCUGCACCUCUUUCUUUGGAACAAGCUUUGUUACCAGCUAUACUUCCAUCAAGACCUAAUGAUACUGUGCAUGAAAGUUCAGAGGCUUCACAGCCAAACUCCAGGGAUAUAACCAGUGAACCUUUCAGAAGAGAGCUGAUUUCCAACUUAGCUGAGCAUGUUUUGUUCACUGCUAACAAGUCCUGUGCUGUGAUGUCUACCUACAUUGUUGCCUGUUUGCUGCUGUACAGACACAGGAAGGGAACUGAUCUUUCCAGAUUAGUAGAAGAUUUCUUUUCCAUGAAGGAGGAAGUCUUAGCCCGUGACUAUGACUUGGGAUUUUCAGGGAACUCAGAUGAUGUUGUCAUGCAUGCCAUCCACUUGUUGGGGAACUGUGUAAAUAUCACAAACACCAGUCGAAACAAUGAGUUCUUCAUCACUCCCAGCACAGAGAUACCUGCUGUCUUUGAACUCAACUUCUACAGCAAUGGAGUACUUCAUGUAUUCAUUAAAGAGGCUGUUAUUGCCUGCAGUCUCCAUGCGAUUCAGAGCAGAAGGUACAGAAAUGGUACCAAUAGUGCUUCUCCUGGUUUGAUUAGUCAAGAACACCUGGUCCGAAAAGCUGCCAGCUUAUGUUACUUGCUUUCUAAUGAAUUUACUGUAUCUUUGCCUUGCCAGGUGAUAUAUCAAGUUUGCCAUGAAUCUGUGGAAAGGCUGAUACAAUAUGGUAUUCUUCUGGUGGCUGAGCAGGAUGAUCAGGAGGAUGUUAGCCCCAGUCUUGCAGAGCAGCAGUGGGAUAAAAAGCUCCCUGAGCCAUUAUCUUGGAGAAGUGAUGAGGAAGAUGAAGACAGUGAUUUUGGAGAAGAGCAGAGAGAUUGCUACCUGAAGGUGAGCCAGUCUAAAGAGCACCAGCAGUACAUCACUUUCCUGCAGAGGCUGUUGGGACCUUUACUGGAGGCAUAUAGCUCUGCUGUUAUCUUCAUCCACAAUUUUAGUGGUCCUGUUUCAGAGUCUGAAUACAUUCAAAAGCUGCACAGGCACUUAAUAAGCAGGACGGAGAAGAAGGUUGCUGUAUAUGCUGAGAGUGCUACCUACAGUCAUGUGAAAAAUGCAGUGAAAGUCUUUAAGGAAAUUGGAGUUUUCAAUCAGACGAAACAAAAAAGAGACACCAUUCUGGAACUAGGUACCACCUUCCUACCUCAGCGCAACAGGCAAAAACUACUGGAAUUCAUAAUGAGCUUCAUGGUGUUAUAGAUGACACAAAGCACCUUUGCCCAGGACCCUAAAGACAGGUUUUGAGACUGUGUCAAAGCCUGGGGACAUUUGCUAAUCCUUCAAAGUGUAAGGAGCCACUGUCUGGGUAAGAUUUUCUCUGACUUGAACUACUGGAAGACAAGUGCCUUCUUAUGUAUGCAUUUAUGGGUUUCUUACAGUCCCAAACCUGUUGUAAUACAGAGAUACUCAGAUGACACUUUGGAUACAGGUAAUUAAAUUUGUUGCAAAAAAUAAGCUGAAUUAUUAGAAUUAGGUUUAAAAAUAAAGAGUGAAGUUUUAUCAGUGUUAUAUUUUAAAUAUACUUUUAAAGACUGUAACAGAUACACAAAUACAUGUAUUUGUGAUCUGUACCUAACCAUGAGAUCUUGAGUUUAGUGGCAACAUAGCUUACGGCAUAAACAAAUAACAUCCAUUCCAAUUCAGUUUUGGUUUUUAUUCAAAUGGUUAAAAAUUUUUGCUUAAGCAGGAUAUGUAUUUCAUGGAUAAAGCCAUAGUUUUUCAUAAAUGUUAACAUAAAUGCCAAAAUUCUAAUGAGAAUAAUAGUUACAGACAUCUGAGAAUAAUGAUCAUGUAGCAGAUGAUUGUGAGAAACAUUAUUAGCAGGCACAUCUUGCACUAUUAGAGCUGUGUAGUGCAGUGGUAAAUUGCACUAAUCACUGCUGUCAUGAAGAAUGUGAGAGUAGUGUUCUUGCUUUUAUUAUGGCAUCUGUCAUUCAGCCAGAUGAAAGUCAGGAGACAGUUGCCUGAAUGUGAAUAUCUUAAAUUAUUAUUUAAUUGAGAAAAAACUAUUAAGUUUGUGGGUUUGGUGUUUUUGUUUUGUUUUUUUGUUUUUGUUUUUGUUUUCUUGGGGUUUGUUUUUUUUUAAUUAAUAGGAUGUCAGAUAUGUUUUUAAAGUAAAGAUUGAUUUGGUGAAAUAAUUUUUAACUUUGGCCCUACAAAUUUCAGCAAUAACUUCUGCAAUUCUUUAGAAACAAGUGUUCCUGUUGUAUUCUGUUGCUGAGCAGGUGUAAAUUGGCAUGAAGCAGUAACCUCUAGAAAACACAGAGGUACCACAAGCAGUGUACUUUUGAGUCUGAUUUGGCUUCCAAAAAUAUUACAGUCAAAACUGAGUGAUGAAUAAAAUCUGCCCUAUGAAACAGGACUCGAGUCUUGUGAUUUGAUCCAUUUGCAUGGAGGACUUGCACUGUAGAUUUCAUGUUCUCUUCAUGUGAGUGGAGAUUAGAUUGCAACCUGCAGUCCUGUACUUUGGUACAGCUGAUCUAGCUGAAGCAAUAACUUGAUGGUAUGUGAAGCCUGUUUGCUUGUGAAAUGUGUUUUUCCUCAUUGGGAUUGCCUUCUGUAUGAGGGAAAUCAGACAUUUCGGUUACUGCAAUGUUUUGCUUGAUUCUCACAUCUUGGCCUUGUGAGCAGAAAAUCCCCCAAACUUCAUCAUGUUGUCUUUGUUGCUUAACAUAAAUAUGGAAAAGCUUACUUGAAUCCCAGCACUUGCACUGUUAUGCCAGCACAAAACUGAUGCACACAAUCUGAGUUUGUGGCCAAGGAGCUUGCAUUUGUACUGCACGUUUGUCAACAAGAAUGUUUCUGUAAGUUUUUUUAUUGAAUGUUAUUAAUAAGUGAAAGCUGCAGUUUAUAGUUUGUUAGCAUUUUACUGUUAGCACUGUGAGACGCAUGUGUUUUGUCACUAAGCCAGGUGCUCUACAACACUUAAACAAUUUCUAAACCAAAGCUACAUUAAUGCAGAUAGAAACUGACCCUAAGUCACUUGUUUUCAUGUCCUGUUGUCUCAGCAGGAUGGAGACUACAUCACACAUAACUUGUUUUGUUAAGUCUAUUAGCUAUUUAGAAAACAGUUUCAUCUCACACUAGCUAACGUGCACUGUUUGGUAACCCAGUAAAUGCUCCAUACAGUGGCCUCCAUUUAACAUCAAAAAGACCAGGUGCUUCUGAAUAACAAGCUCUAAUAGUUUACUGCACUUCAGUAAAUCUGAAGUGUACUAACAGCAAUGGCUGUACAUCAAAAAGAUUUUUAAAAAUGAAGCAAUAUGAAGCAAAAAAAAAAACUUGGGUAGUUUUAUCAAGAAUGCUCUGCCAACUGGUGUAUUAAACGCAGGAGUACUGUGGUCACUAGAGUGCUCUGGCUAGGUGUUGCAACUAAGGUAACUUACAGCUCACAUGAAAACAAAAACAAAACAAAACAAAAAAACAGAAAAAAAACUUUAUCAAAAAAAAAAAAAAGCUCUGGUUAAUAUAGAUCAUUGAGUGGGCAGGGUAAUAAUGCAUGUGAAUACACACUAAUGAAUAUAUUUAGUAUGCAGAGGGAGGGGGCACCUCUAAAACUGGUUUGUAUUUGUAUGCAAAAAACCGCAUGCGAGAAGUCAGUACUAUGAAUUGUAUGCCACUGGAAGCCUUUGCAUUCUGCAGCAAGUGUGUAUGUAUACUUAUAUAUGCAAGCCUGUUUAUUAUUACACACUACGACUAUGCUUUUCCCUGAAAAUAAAGCACAGAUUAUAAAAAUACCAGGCUGUAACAGUCAAAAACUAAACCCAACACUUUUGCACUGUAUUUACACCUUCAGUGUCUUCUGAUUUUUACUAACCUCUCAUGUUUUCUUUGCUGAUAGAAUGCCAGGUUGAGUUAACUUCAGUAAAGUUAACCAGUAAAGAAGAAAGGACUGGCCCUGAAUUACCACAAAUGUAUUUUAAGAUUCUUCUCUUGUAAAGACUUACAUGAGCAUAAUACUCAGGUAUGCAGGUCUCUUUGGGCCAGGAUCUUUAAUGAUACAAGAAACUUAAUCUUUCUGUAUGCAACCUGUAGAUCUCACACUUUUAGAGUGACAAAAAUGUAGAAUUCCACUUCCCAUGCUGCCACAGCUCCCCAAGCCCCCAAGAAUCAUGAACUUGUUGAUACAUUUACUUUCUACUCACACUGACAUUGAAGGAAUAUCUGCCUUCUGUUUGACAGUAUAGGGCUUUAUUCACCUGUCUGAUUAGGAAACAUAUAUAAACUCUUGUGUUCAGCUGACUACCUGCUCCACCCAGGAGUAUCAGAAUCACCACCUAGAGGAAGGUUGAACUGAGAGGUGACGCAAGGUACUGUUGCCUUUUACAUUUCUGAGCUAAUGAGCCUGAUACUGCUUCCUUGAGAAUGUUACCAUGUUUUACCUGUUCUGUGUAAUGCUGUGUCUAUUGUAGAAGCACAGAGGCAUACUGGAGUCAUUUUAAUAAAUUAAACUGUUUGCUAAUAUGAAAUUUAA